UCCCGACCCGCUCCUCCUCCCGGCCCCUCCCGACCCGCCUCCCCCCGCGCACGGGCAGCAUGUCCGGCUCCAUACUCAGAGCGUCCAUCAGAGCCGUGAGUGCCAGGAGGCGGCUGAUUCCGACCAGAGCGGCGCUAACUCUGACCCCUAUGGCUGUUAAUAAAAUUAAGCAACUGCUUUGGGAAAAGCCUGAAUAUAUUGGGAUGACAAUUGGAGUCCGAACUAGAGGGUGCAAUGGUCUGUCUUAUACCUUGGAAUACACAAAGGAGAAAAGAGAUUCAGAUGAGGAAGUAAUCCAGGAUGGUGUUCGAAUAUUCAUUCAAAAGAAAGCACAGUUGACACUUCUUGGAACAGAAAUGGACUACGCUGAAAAUAAACUUGCAAGUGAAUUUGUCUUUCACAAUCCCAACAUCAAAGGAACGUGUGGCUGUGGAGAAAGUUUUCAUGUUUAACGAAAGCCAACAAUGUAUUGUGAACACUAUUGUGGGCAUUGUGUGGUGAAGCACUAAUAUUCCUUUUUAGACCAUUGAGUGUAGCUGAAUUUUUAUUUUGAUUUCCAAGAAGAAACCAAAAUCUCAUCCCUAUUGGUAUUUAGCUACUAACAAUGGAUCUUUCUCCUGACGGGGAAUUUUGCACGAGGUUGUGGUGUUAAAUCUAGUUUCUUUUUUCCUGUUCAAUUGUCAAACAGUGGAUAAUGCUAAGGUUAUGAAUUGUAAACUGGUGCAUUGAAUGAAUGAAUGUGACUGGAUAGGAUAAAUACAACCAUUUUGCAUCUGGAAAGUAUUCUUGCAUUUAAUAAUUUCAAAUACACACUUUGUCAAAGUCAGAUCUUUGGAACCAGAAUUAGUUUAUUAUUUGAGCUAUAUUGACGUUGGAUUCAAAAUUAUUUGCCAACUGGCACCACCUUGCCAUUUCAUUUUCAAGCUCCACAAAUCAGUCUUCUUUAAAGGGAGCUUUAUUUGGCAAUAAAGCCUAAAGAUUUUUUGAAGAUGUUGCUAUAAAAGUCUCGAGAUUGUUACGGGGAAUUAGGAGUUUUCUCUCCACUACCAACAACCAAAAAUGCAAUGAAGUUAAAACUGACACUGGAAUCCAAAUGUCGUAUCAAUGUACUAACUUGCCAGCACAACAAGCUACAUCACUACCAAAUUGCUCCAGGAAGGUGUCAGAAUUGUUCAGAACCUCUGUUUCCAGAUUAUUUUUUAUCAGGUAAAAAUGCACUUCAUGUAGUUGAUGCAAUAAAUCUAGCUGUUUGAUUAUUUAUACCUCAUGACCAAGAAGGUCCAUAAAUUCUGUUCUACUAGAGACCUUAAAUCUCUCCAAUAUAUAUCAAGAAUCUUGAUGCACAGCUUUUAACUAUUGUUUCGCUCCAGUGUAGCUGUUGCUAAUUUAAUUAUAUAGAUGUACUUUCACUAAUUACAUGUAUAAGGUGUAUUUUAAAUACUUGGAUAUUGAAUCACUUUGUACCUUUAUACGCACAAUAUAAUUUACAGACUCUGUAAAAUGUUGAUUCAGAUUUCCUUUUAUUACUUUAGUUCCCAAUUUGGAUUUUUAAUUUAAGUCUUCUAUUAAAAGCAUUGUGUGCAGUAUCUCAUUUAA